AAAAUGUGAUUUAUUUCUAAUUGUUUUUUUCACGCCAAAUCACAAGGAACACGAACAGCUAAACACACGCACAAUUUUAGAGAGAGAAAACACUUUUAGAAAAAUCUUAAGACAGUGAGACGAUGCAGAUUUAAAUGGAGGCAAGUAGUCUAGAGUGACAAAACUUCAAACCAUUUUCCUCCAGGAUAACGGAUUUGAUUUGGAGCUGAUUGAUGCUUGAUUGAGUUCAGAUCCGAGUGAUGGAGGAGGUAUCUGUGGAAGGUGAUGUGAUUGGAAUGACGGACUCGCCGGAAGUUUUGUAUCGUGGAGAAUACAACGGUGGCAAUGUACGGCCUCCGACUAGUGAUACGACGCCGUUGACGGUGUCGGGAUCUUUUAAGGAUUGGGGAGGAGGAGGAGGGAGAGGUUCGGGUAGUUCUAGUCGUAGGAGAGGUACAGUGAGGCCGAGCUUAGACGCUGAUGAGUUUAUAAAUCUGCUCCACGGUUCGGAUCCGGUGAAGGUCGAGCUCAAUCGGUUGGAAAAUGAAGUCAGAGAUAAGGAUCGAGAAUUGAGCGAAUCACAAGCUGAGAUCAAAGCGCUCAGGCUCUCCGAACGCCUGAGAGAAAAAGCUGUUGAAGAGCUAACUGAAGAGUUGUCAAAAGUGGAUGAGAAGCUAAAGUUGACUGAAUCUCUUCUGGAAAGCAAGAAUCUUGAAAUCAAGAAAAUCAACGAUGAGAAGAAAGCAUCAAUGGCAGCUCAAUUUGCAGCAGAAGCCACUUUACGAAGGGUUCAUGCAGCCCAAAAAGAUGAUGAUAUGCCUCCAAUUGAAGCCAUUCUUGCACCUUUGGAAGCUGAGCUCAAGCUGGCUAGACAAGAGAUUGCAAAGCUGCAGGAUGACAACAAAGCAUUAGAUCGGUUGACUAAAUCGAAAGAGGCUGCUUUACUUGAAGCUGAGAGAACAGUGCAGGUUGCAUUGGCAAAAGCAUCCAUGGUUGAUGAUCUUCAGAAUAAGAAUCAGGAGUUGAUGAAACAAAUAGAAAUUUGCCAGGAGGAAAAUAAAAUUUUGGAUAAGAUGCAUCGUCAAAAAGUUGCUGAGGUGGAAAAACUUACGCAAACUGUCCGUGAGCUUGAAGAGGCUGUCCUUGCUGGCGGUGCAGCUGCAAACGCUGUCAGAGACUAUCAACGCAAAGUUCAAGAAAUGAAUGAGGAACGAAAAACUCUAGACAGAGAGCUAGCCCGUGCAAAAGUUACAGCGAAUAGAGUGGCGACAGUUGUCGCCAACGAAUGGAAAGAUGCUAAUGACAAAGUCAUGCCAGUCAAACAAUGGCUUGAAGAAAGAAGAUUCUUACAAAGCGAGAUGCAACAAUUGCGCGAUAAGCUAGCAAUAACCGAUCGUGCUGCAAAAUCCGAAGCACAAUUAAAAGAAAAAUAUCAACUGCGACUCAGGGUUCUAGAAGAUACAUUAAGAUCACCAAAUGCUAUAUGUUCUUCACGUCGCCAAUCGCUAGGUGGAGCCGACAAUUUUACGAAAUUGACCUCGAAUGGUUUUUUACCGAAAAGGUCGCCGUCUUUCCAAAUAAGGUCAACGCUUCCUUCUGGUUCGAGUUCGGUGUUGCGACAUGCGAAAGGGACGUCAAAGUCAUUUGACGGUGGGACGCGAUCGCUCGACAGGGGUAAACUUGUCAAUAGUGGAGGAAAUAGUCCUACUUUUAAUAACAACAUUGUACAAUCGUGUGAUGAGGCAAAAGACGGGGAUACCCCUGAUGAAAAACCAUGUGAUUUUACGGAAGAUAGUGUGCCCGGGUUGUUGUAUGAUUUGUUGCAAAAGGAAGUUAUUGGUUUGAGGAAGGCUGUUUAUGAAAAGGAUCAGAGUCUCAAAGACAAAGAUGAUGCAAUUGAGAUGUUGGCGAAAAAAGUGGAUACACUAACAAAGGCUAUGGAGGUGGAAGCUAAAAAGAUGAGGCGGGAGGUGGCGGCAAUGGAGAAGGAAGUGGCGGCUAUGCGUCUUGAUAAGGAACAGGAUAGUAGGGCAAAACGGAUGGGAAACACCAAAGCUCCAGUCAACACCUCUCAGCUACUUCCAUCCAGGAGUAUAGGACGAGGGGGGUUAAACCGGAGCACCCAAUAAUAAAAAACGAUGAAUGAAUUUAGUUGAGAUUGUGGCAUGUAAGUAGCAUACCGAAGCCUUUGGUUGGGUGGUUAAGAUGAGA